AUGAAAGCUCCCGAGCACGCAGAGGUCAACGGGGGUGAUGUCAGGACGACAGUCCAGUAUCUACAGCCAGGCUCGAAAAACGUGCGAUACUUUAGCAAGGGUAAAGAGGUGAACAUUGGCAAGUACGACGAUGUAUCCGUCGUCAUCCACGACGCACGCCCUGACAAGGAGGAGUAUACGCUGGAGAAUGGAGGAUUUGCUUUGAUUCAGCAUGAUUCCCAAGUCACAGAUUUCCACUCGCGUGAGCAGUUGGACACGAUCUACCCGGGCGAAAUCGCCGCGCUGGUCAAGUCGCUGACUGGCGCCGACGAUGUGGUCGUGGUCAGCCCGCCCGUGUUGCGCAAGGUGAAGACCGAAGUCGGCUCGACGCAUCAACCUCGCGCCGCAGACGUGCACACGGACUGGUCACCCGCAAACGCCGAAGACACGGCUCGACGGCACGCAGAUGGGCAUCCAGCGUACUCGCGCUGCAUCUUCGUCAACGUCUGGCGCGCGCUGUCGCCUCCGCCGCAGGACUGGCCACUGGCUGUAAUUGAUGCGCGCACCGUCGGCGCCGACGAAGGCGUGCCGUACCCGAUGGUCAUCGUGGACGAGAUCCCCGAGACGUUGCCGAUGGUGCCGCAGCCGUCGCAUUUCAUCGAGGGUGCCAAUUUCUGCUACAACCCAGGCCACCGAUGGUGCUAUUUUCGAGAUAUGAAGAUCAACGAGGUUCUGGCGUUCAAGCUCUAUGACUCCGACAGACAUCGUGGGUCGCAGAGCUGGAGGUGUCCUCACACGGCCUUUUUGAAUCCGCUGGAAGGGAGGAUACCACGGGAAAGCGUCGAGGUUAGGACGAUUUGUUAUUUUAGAUGA